CCCCGGCUCGGCAGAUGCCAAGCGCGCGGCCGUCGGCUCGGGAUGGCAGCGCAGCGGCUGGGCAAGCGCGUGCUGAGCAAGCUGCAGUCCCCGUCGGGGGCCCGCGGGCCGGGGGGCAGCCCCGGGGGGCUGCAGAAGCGCCACGCGCGCGUCACCGUCAAGUACGACCGGCGGGAGCUGCAGCGGCGGCUGGACGUGGAGAAGUGGAUCGACGGGCGCUUGGAGGAGCUGUACCGCGGCAGGGAGGCAGAUAUGCCUGAUGAGGUCAACAUUGAUGAGUUGUUGGAGUUGGAGAGUGAAGAAGAUAGAAGGCGGAAAAUCCAGGGGCUCCUGAGGUCAUGCACGGACCCCACAGAGGACUUCAUCCAGGAGCUGCUGGCCAAGCUGCGAGGCCUCCACAAGCAGCCAGGCCUCCGCCAGCCCAGCCCCUCUGAGGACGACAGCCUGAGCCCCCGAUAGGACCGGGCCGGACAGUGCCCCCUGACCGCUGUGACCCUCGGCUCUUCCCAGCCCCUGGCCUGUGUAUGUGUUGUAUUUAAUGGUCUGUAACAGUGACCCGCGUGCCUGGUUUUCCUGUCCACAGUCACCCAGGGCUUCUCUGAGCCCCCAGCCUCCCUCUCCUCCUGCAUUCCCAACAGAUGGAGAAUCCCUCCUCCUCCUGCACCUCCACCAACAGGAGUGUGAGAACUGCCCCGCUGACCCAGAGGCAGCCACCUUGGGAUCAGACUCACAUCCUGUUCCCCUUCUCCCAGCUGGGCCCAGUCCUGGCCAGCAGGACUGUUGUGGGCAGCAGGCUGGGGAGUGCCAUGGCCCAGUCCUUGGGCUGGGGGCAAUGCACACCACCCAGGGUGGCCCCAGUCACAACACCAGGUGCCACACAGCAAACAUGAAGUGAUCAGGCCGCCA